UGUACGGGAGUGGCGGGGUGUCGACUAGCUAGCGGCUAACCUGAAUGAUGGGCAGCUCCGUGGAUUAUGCUUUCCCAGCUGGAGAUGAAAGCGACGCCAGCAGUGACGACUGGGAUAUAGGGAACCUGGAUAAAAAGUCUCCUUGCAUUAAGGAUCCUGAUGCUGUUGUAUUACAUGCAGAAGACAAUGUGUCGGUGUUGAAAAGAGCCAUUAGUAAAGGGGACAUUGACACUGUUGAACAGCUGUUGGACAAUGGCAUGGACGUGGAGACCAGGCUUGGCUUUCAAUGGACUCCGCUGAUGUGUGCUGUCAGUGUGGCUAAUUACGACUUGGCCAAACUGCUGUUGGACAGAGGGGCCAGUGCCAACUUCAACAAAGAUCACUGGACGGUGCUCAUGGCCUGCUUCUCAGCUUCUACAAGUGAAGACAAAAUUGCCCGCUGUGUGGAGCUUCUGCUAUCCAGAAAUGCUGAUCCCAAUAUGGUGGACAGGUCUCAAACAACCUGCCUAAUGCUGGCAGCAAGGGACGGCUACUGUAAACUCAUCAACCUGCUGGUCUCCCAUGGGGCAGAAAUCAAUGUCCAAGAUAGCAAUGGGUGCACGGCUUUGUCUGUAGCCGUGCAGUAUGGCAGAGAGGAGGCGGUGCUAAAGCUCCUUCAGCUGGGAGCAGAUAAAACCAUACGGACCAACGCUGGCAAGAGCCCCGCUGACCUGGCUGUGAUAUUCAAACGCACACAGAUAACUAGGAUUCUGGCCUCUUCAUCCUAUGUCUCUACUGUCGAGGCCUUCAGCUCCAUGGAGGAGACCCUCUCAAAGUUCUUGAAGACUAACUCUGAACCACCACCUUCCAAGGAAAGUGUAACCAAGCUUGAUGAUCUUGAGCUCCUCCUACACGGCCUCGAUCUUGGCUACCUCACUGACAUCAUGACUGAAAAUGACAUCACCUGGAGCUACCUGUUGACCAUGGAGAAGGAAGACCUGGAGAAGGUUGGUAUCACAGACCCGGUGGACCAGGAGAAGGUACUGACUGCUGUGCGGCAGAUGCAUCUGGACAAAGUGGACCUAGAAACAAUCGACCAACUGGGGGCCGCAGGCAGUGGGACUGAGGAGCUGCGUGACUUCCUGAUAAGUGUAAGGCAGCAGUGCUGCUUCCUGACGGAGUCGCUUCAGGGUGUCAUUAGUCGUUUCCCCCACAAAGCCUCUCAGCUGGUAUUCUCAGUGGACCCAAAGAAGGAGGCCCAGGCCGUCUGCAACCAGCUGGUGGUCCAAACAAAAGACCUGCAGAAGGAAGUCGCCUGCCUCCGCAAUCUGCUAUACCAGAUGGACGAGGCUGUAGAUUGCUGUCGGCUUCCUGAACCUGGUUCCCGCAGCAACCGGAGGAUGCGGUCCGUGACCAGAGUGGCACUGAGCGCGCUCGGAGCCACUUUUCUCUUGUUCCUCUACAAAGCUGCCAGCGGCAAGGUGUCCCUGCAGAUGUAGUGGAAUGACAGUAGUGUCAAUCAGUUAGUUAAUGAGCUCAUCAUGAUAUUAGUUUUUGAUGACUGUAGGUAAUAAGUUGGAUUAUUGAAGGACUGAUUUAUUUUAGGAAUGUUAAUGUUUGACAAGACAGCAUUUUUAUUUUUGCUGCUCUUUGGUUUUCCACUUUGCUGUGACUUGUCUUUAAGUUUGGUUCUGAAUUCUUUUAUGUUUAAGGAUUUAAGUGAAAAUUAAAGUUCCUUAUGAGGAACAAUUUAUUGCAUAGUCAAA